UGAGACAACACCUCCUGCUCCACCUUGGCUUGGACUAAAGAGCUCCCUGCAGCAUGAGGGCUACAGGUGCCUUAGUGCUUCUCAGCCUGCUGCUGCUCUCUUUCUUCUCGGUUCCAGAUGUAGCAGGUCAAGAGAUUGAAGAGAUUUGUAGAGAGUUCGUAAACAGAAGCGUGUACUGCACGAGGGAGUCCAACCCUCACUGCGGCACGGAUGGAGUCACCUAUGGGAACAAGUGUGCCUUCUGCAAGGCAGUGCUGAGAAGUGGAGGGAAAAUAAGAUUGAAGCACCUGGGGAAAUGCUGAGUCCUCCCUGGAGCGAGCAGAGGAGCUGAGCCGCCGCAGCGGACACGGG